AGUAAAAUUAAAAAUGAGAGAAAAAUGGGAGGGCAAUAAUAUAUCACAUGCACUAUUUCCACCUGAUACAUACAUUCAUUUGUUUUGGAUCAAUUUUUUUUUUUUUUUGAUUCAAACAUUUCAUUUUGAUUAUCAAUUUGUAAAAAAAAACUUGUUGCAAAUAUGAUGAGUUAUUGUUCUAUAAAGAUAUAUGGUUGAAAUUCAGUGUAUCAUAAACAGGUGUCAUCUUUAUUAUUAUGAUCACAAAUCAUGAUUAUUGAUUUGCAUUUGGCAUUUGUUUUUGGAUUGACAAAAUGAUCAUGUGUGGUUAUUAUAAGCGCGCAGUUUGAAACCAUAGCAACUUUGUUGUGUGUGUUGAAAACGAAUUAUAUGAUCGAAUUCCAGUUCAGCUUCUUAUGAUGAUCAAUAAUAUUUUGGCCAACUUUUACAUACCGUUACAUAUAAUUUUCACAUUACAAAUAGUUAAUCAAAUGGGUUGUUUAAUGUCUAAAAAAUCUCAACAACUGGCUAAUAAUCAACAAUGGACAACAACAGAUAAAACUUAUAGUUGGUCAAAUAGAGAUCGAAGUCAUUUGAUGAAUUAUUUGAUUGAAAAUGAAUCAAAUUCCAUACAGAUUCGUUUACCCGGUGAAAUUGGUGGUGAACAAUUCAUCAUACAGAAUUGUAAUGAUUCGACCAUUUGUCUAUAUGAUUAUAGUAAUACAGUAACGAUUGAUGAUUGUCGAAAUUGUACAUUUUUUAUCGGACCAGUAAUCGGCAGUAUUGUCAUUCGUAAUUGUCAAGAUUGUCGAUUGAUGUCGGCAUCACAACAAUUUCGUACACGUGAUUGUAAACGUUUAGAUUUAUAUAUUUUCUGUGCAACACAGCCGGCCAUUGAAUCCUGUCAUAAUCUAGUGUUUUCUUGUUUCACAGCCAAUUACAAAGGUUUACAAGAACAAUUCGAAAAGACCAAUCUACAGAUUUACAAUAAUAAAUGGUUUAAUGUGUAUGAUUUUUCCAUCGAUAAUCGUGACAAACAUUGGACCAUUGAUUCAUCUAAUAACAAAUUGAACGAAUCUUUCUGUUCGAUUCCGUUGGACAAUAAUCAAUUGAAUUUAAGUUUCAAUCCAUUGACGAGCUUAGUGCCCAUAACCGAAGGACUAACUUCAUUGGACAGUAUCAGUGAUGACGAUGAAUCAUUCAACAUGAUUAUCAUCUAUAGUCAUUCAACACUAACUUUGCAUAAUAGAAUCGAAAGCCAAGUGGGAAAACUUGUUCGAGAAAUACAUUUCAACUUCAAGGAACUUGUACUAUUGAUGACUCGAUAUCUGGAUUCAGAAUUAUCAAUCAAAAACAUAUUAACACGAAUGUUGAAUGGAAAAGAAGAGGAAAUGAUGUUGAACAAUGACAAGGGCAACAAAUCACGAUUGACGCCUAAUCAAUCAAUCAUCAUGCUGUAUCGGGGCAAAUUCAAUGCCGAAAGAUUGAACGAAAUUUGUCGACGAAUUUUUUGUCCACAGAUGCAUCAUGGUGGGCAUGCAGAAAUCAAAUUUAAGAUGAUCGAACGAAAUCAAAAUGAAUUCAUAUUUAAUGAAUGUUUAACGCUCACUUUUGACAAUUGUUUUUAAUUGAUGGCUGAGAAUGAAUGAGAAAAGUUAUCUUCUACAGAUUAGAUUGCUCAACAACAAGGAAAAAAAGCAAAAAAAAAAAUUGAAUGAAUUGGGUGAAUGAACAAGAAGAGAAAAAAUGUUAUAUGUACAUUUUAUAGAAAAACAAAUAAAUUCACUCCAUGACCAAUGGAUAAUGAAUGGCUAA